AUGUAUAGAAUCAUCAGAAACUGGAAAAGAAUCAACCAAACUCAAACCAGAAUUUUCUGGAAAAUGCUACGUUAUCCUUUCACUUCCUAUAUAUAUCCGCUUCAGUUUCACGAACAUCAUCAAACAAGGAAAGAGUAUCCUUUUUACGAUCUUACCACAAUUUUCAGAAAGAGCAACGUAUUUGAUCCUUUCUCCUUGGACGUCUGGGAUCCCUUCAAAGAUUUUCCUUUCCCUAAUUCUCUUUCUACUUCCUUUCCCGAAUUAUCUCGGGAAAAUUCUGCGUUUGUGAGCACCCAUGUGGAUUGGAAGGAGACCCCAGAAGCACACGUGUUCAAAGCUGAUAUUCCGGGGUUGAAAAAGGAGGAAGUGAAAGUAGAGAUAGAAGAUGAUAAGGUUCUUCAGAUGAGCGGAGAGAGGAACGUUGAGAAGGAAGAUAAGAACGAUAAAUGGCACCGUGUGGAGCGUAGCAGCGGGGAGUUCAUGAGGAGGUUCAGACUGCCGGAGAAUGCAAAAGUGGAGGAAGUGAAGGCUUCAAUGGAAAAUGGGGUUCUCACUGUUACUGUUCCCAAGGAAGAGGUUAAGAAGUCUGAGGUCAAGGCCAUUGAAAUUUCUGGUUAA